AAAAGAAUCUCCAGAAAUCUGGGGUUUAUUUCGACGUUGGUUGUGCGACAGAUCAUCUUCCAAUCGUCGUGAUUCUGAGAUCCCACAGUGUGGGCAUGGGAAAUGAUGGAGGAUAAAGGGCCUCGCAUAGCCGACUACUUUGUGGUUGCCGGCCUCACCGACUUGUCCAAGCCUCUGGAGGAGGAGCUCCACUUUGAUGACGCCGGCCCCAAGUCUGUGAAACCCAAAGCCCCCAUCACCGACGUAGCUGUCGUGAUCCGCUCCCUGGGUGAAGAAGUACCCCCGGGUUUCACCUGUGUCGAAAGCACCCCCUCAGGCCUCUCUGCAGAGCUCAAUGGAGCCAGCCUCAGGGGCCCGCAGAUCUUCUUGUGCUUCAAGCGAGGCAGAGAUAAGCCUCCACUGACAGAUCUUGGGAUUCUGUAUGAGUGGAAAGAGAAGCUGAAGCCUGGAUGUCACAUCGUCCAGACCACGCCCUCAGGUCGCCCCGCCAACAUCAGCAACUCGUCAUCCCAACGCAUCUACAUCACCUACCGCCGCGCCCCGAAGAGCCAGCCCCACACGUCACUGGCUGUUACUGAUGUCUGCAUCAUCAUCCCCGGCAAGGGGGAGACGCCUCCUCACACCUUCUGCAAGGUGGACAAGAACCUCAACAGCAGCAUGUGGGGAUCUUCAGUGUACCUUUGCUAUAAGAAGUCUCUGGCUAAAGCAAACACAAUUGCAUACAAAGCAGGUCUGCUGUGUAGGUACCCCGAAGAGGACUAUGAGUCCUUCCCACUGCCUGAGUCAGUGCCUAUGUUCUGCCUGCCCAUGGGGGCUACGAUCGAGUGCUGGCCUGCACACACCAAACACUCCCUGCCAGUUUUUUCCACUUUUGUACUGACGGGGGCCUCUGGAGAAAAGGUGUAUGGAGCAGCCAUCCAGUUCUAUGAGCCUUACUCAGAGGAGAACCUGUCUGAGCGUCAGCGCUCACAGCUCGGCCUGCCAAGCUCUGAUCUCGGACCUGAUGGGACCAGGAGUGUUUACAGCAACAAGAGCAUCUGUCUGCUCUCCCACUGGCCCUUCUUCCAGUCCUUCAGGAGCUUUCUCACUUUCCUCUACAGAUACUCCAUCUCUGGACCGCAUGCCCUGCCUAUUGAAAAGCACAUCUCUCACUUCAUGCAAACUGUGCCAUUCCCCUCCAUUCACAGACCACGCAUUCUAGUGCAGCUGUCUCCACAUGACAGUCUGAUGCUGAGCCAACCCGUGUCCUCUCCGCUGCCUCUCAGUGGUGGAAGCCUCUCCACAUUACUCCUGAAUCUGGGCCCGAAGAACGCAGCCACUCUGCUGGUGCUGGCUGUCACAGAGCACAAGAUCCUGGUUCACUCCCUGCGUCCGGCUGUGCUCACCAGUGUUACAGAAGCCCUUGUAUCUAUGAUCUUCCCCUUCCACUGGCCGUGCCCCUACAUCCCCCUGUGCCCGCUGGCACUGGCCGACGUGCUCAGCGCACCGUGCCCUUUCAUCGUGGGCGUGGACUCCCGAUACUUUGACCUUUACGUGCCCCCAGCUGACAUCAGCUGUGUGGAUCUGGACACCAACACAAUCUCCCAAAAAGACGACAAGAAGGCGCUAACGUGGAAAAUCUUGCCCAGGAGAGCCUGCAAACAUCUUCUCAACAGCCUGAAUAAGCUCUAUCAGCAGCUCACUGAGGGUGGUCAGCUGAACCGUGAAGAUGUGCAGAUGGAGCACACAGUCACCGACAGCGAGCUCAACGGUGGCAAGAGCCUCCACACUCUGGAGCUGGAGAUCCAGGAGGCCUUCCUGCGCUUCAUGGCGGCCAUCCUACGAGGCUACCGUUCCUACCUGCUGCCCAUCACCCAAGCCCCCUCUGAGAAGACCACUGAUGCCAGCUCCCUCUUCGACAUCCAAGGCUUCCUGAAGAGCCGCGAUCGCUCCCACCAGAGGUUUUACUCCCUCAUGACCAAGACUCAAAUGUUCAGCCGCUUCAUAGAGGAGUGCUCGUUUGUCAGCGAUAAAGACGCCAGCCUGGCCUUCUUUGAUGAGUGUGUUGAUAAGAUGGACAGUGAACGGCCGGAGGAAACCAGACUGAUCGAACUGGAUGAAUCCCACCGCAGUGAGCACACGGUCUACGUCAACCCUCCAGAGCUGCCUCCACUACCACAGGGAGAAGAGCAUCCUCUGUGCUAUAGCUACUCUGGCUUCCCUGUGCUGAAUGCUGAGCUUCUGGAGCCACUGGAGGGACCAAAUCCUCCGUCAGCAGGCACGGCCUCACGCCACAGCAGCCCAGCCAGCCCGACGGCUAUCUUUAGACGCUCUAAACAGGAGAUCAAAUCGGCUCAAAGGAUGGCCAAAACCUAUUCAUCCAUGCCUCAAAUGUGGUCCAAGUGUCUGCUGCGCCACUGCUAUGGCCUGUGGUUCAUUUGCCUGCCAGGGUUUGUCGGCACAUGCCACUCUAAGGUGCGGGCUCUGCGUACAGCUUACGAUGUGCUGAGGAAGAUGCAGGACAAGAAAUUGCACGCUCCAGAUGAGGUGUGUUACCGUGUGCUGCUGCAGCUGUGUGGACAGUACAGCCAGCCAGUCCUGGCCGUGAGGGUGUUGUUUGAGAUGAAGAAGGCUGGGGUUCAACCCAAUGCCAUCACCUAUGGAUACUACAACAAGGCGGUGUUGGAGAGCACCUGGCCCUCCACCACCAGAGGAGGCUACUUUUUGUGGGGAAAGCUGAGGAACGUGCUCCUCGGUGUGCUCCAGUUCAAACAGGCGGGGAGGAAACAACAGACUCUGCACAGAGAUCCUCAGCUUUCAGACGGCAGCGAUCUUGACACUGUGAGUCACGGCAGUUUGGACAGCGCUAAUGACUCUGCUGAGCGCACUUCCAUAGACACUGACUUCACUAAGAUGGACUCCAGUGACGAUGGAUUUAGUACAGGUGGGCAGUCAGAUCAGGGCUACGAUUCACUGUCCAAAGAGGAGGAGAGGAUGUGCGGCAGAGAGAGCGACAACACAACACUGCUGGAAGACAAAGGGCCGAGGCAGUCGACAGCUGAGAUCGAGGUUCCAAUCAGCAGAGUCUCUCCUUCUGCUAGAAGCUGCAAAUCAACAGAUGUCAGUGCAGGCAAUGGGAACAGGUUGGUUUCCAGUCCAACUAGUGACACCGUUCUGUAUGGAGUUCUCCCAAAGACAGAGAGGCCAAAAUCUCUGGACUUGUCUGGUGGACAAGGAAGCCUGCGGCUCACUGUCCCUCACCUCGGCUCGACAAAGCAGCAUCACCUGGCUGCUGACAGACUGCACGGGGUAGAAGAAGAAGAGACAGAGACUGAUAAACAGAAACCUCAGGUGGAGAGAAGUGUCAGCUGCAGUGAAGGGACUGUGAGGAGAACAGGUAUUGAGACGGGAUUUGAUCCCCUGUCGCUGAUGACGAUAGAUUCGGUACAAGAGGGCAAUCAGGUGAACAGCAGGGCAUCCUCGGCCCGCCGCGACCUCGCGGAAGAGAUCGAGAUGUACAUGAAUAACAGCAACAGCCCUCUGCGCAGCCGCGCGCCCAGUGUGGACCUGCAGAACCCCUCAAGCCCUUUGUUUCCCUCUUCCUCGUCUCCUCACACCUCCCCUCGACCCUCCACCCUGCUCCGCUCCAACACCCACCUCCCGCUGCCUGUCAAAUCCAAGGAGAGGCUGAGGCCCUCGCCGUCUCUUCCUCUCUGUAACAAAGACAGGGAGAGGCCUUCCUCCUUGGUGUCACCCUCAUCACCUACUCCCUCCACCUCCUCGUUCUCCAUGGACUCACUGUUCACUCCAACUCUGGACAUCUUCAGGAGCAGCGUCAUAUCAGCAGGGAAGGGCGUGGCUGAGAAGGCCAGCCGCCUCUACUCUCGUCUGUCCUCCCAGACUUCAUUAACACAGGAUGCAAACUGUGACCGGAUUAGUGUGUCCUCGCUGACCUCUGGAGAGGCAGAUUGCUCUUCGCUGCUCGAUAAUGACUCCUGUCUGGACCCAGACGGUUUUACCUCCCCCCAGCAUGGCAGCAUGUCCAGACUCAGGAGGAGCCCAGUUGUGGGUCAUACGAACCAGGGCAGCCCCAGCACCCCCAACAGAGUGUUCAGACACAACUCUUUCUCUGGUGGUUUGGCAUUUCCCUCUAGAACGCCUCACACUCCAGAUUCCUCCCCCGACACUAGCCGUUUUCAACCCACUCCCAAUUACACCAUAGAGGUGCUGAUGUCCAGCUGCUCGCUCUGUAAGACAUGUGACUGUCUGGUGUAUGACGAGGAGAUCAUGGCGGGCUGGACGGCAAACGACUCCAACCUUAACAGCACUUGUCCGUUCUGUGGCACAGCGUUCCUGCCUUUCCUCAAUGUGGAAAUCAAAGACCUGAAACCACAGUGCAGGUCUGCUAAGGAAAGUAAUCCUAUUACAGAGGAGGACACAUCGGCAUCACUCAAUCCUGAGGCCAAAAUGUCUGCGGCAGACCGUGCAGCUCAGUCGUCUGCAGCUCCCCCGCUGAAGCAGGAGAGCAGCGGGAGCGCCGGGCUGUCUGCGCCGGCCUCCGCCCCAGCCACUGCCUCUGCUCCGGUGACGGUGCCCUACCUGAGCCCUCUGGUUCUGUGGAAGGAGCUGGAGAGCCUGCUGGUGAACGAGGGUGACCAAGCCAUCUCCUCCCCGAGCAUUGUCGACCAACACCCCAUCGUCUUCUGGAACCUGGUGUGGUACUUCAGAAGGCUGGAUCUGCCGAGUAACCUGCCAGCUCUUAUCCUGGCCUCCCAGCACUGUAGCCAUGGUGACCAGACUCCUCAGAGCGUUUCAUCCGAGGACAGCAAGCAGGUGCUUGUGAGGAUUAUGUGGGACAACCUGAAGUUGCACCAAGACAAAGUUCAACCCUGCUAUGUCCUGUGGAACACGCACUGUGCAAACUCACUGGUUCGCUCUGGGCUGUGUGAAGAAGGCCAGCUCUUCACCGUGGAGCUGCUGCAGGGUUUUGUGAGGAGCAUUAAGAAGAGUGAUGUCUAUCAGCCCAUGAGCCAGAUCAUCCAGCUGCUGGGGCCGGAGCUGGGUUUUAAACGGCAGAGGAGCCUGUACCGAGACUUACUGUUCCUCGCUCUGGUGGCUUUGGGCAAGAACAACAUUAAUAUCAAUGCUUUUGACCGGGAGUACAAGCUGGCAUAUGAUCGCCUCACCCCCAACCAGGUUAAACUGACACACAACUGUGACCGGCCCCCUGGAGCUGGGGUCAUGGAGUGCAGGAAAACAUUUGGGGAGCCCAGUCUGUGAACCACUUCUCUUUUUCUGUCUCACUAUGUUUUUCCUUCAACCACAGU